UGAUGGUCCGAGUGAGGAGGGGCGAGGCUCGGGCUGGGGACUGCGAGGGACCUGGGCGGGAAGGGAGGCGUUAGGGCUACCCCCCCAGGAGAGGCUCCCGCAGGCUCCAGGGAGUAUCGGGGCCAAGGUCUGGCCGUGGGCCGUCUAGGACCGAAGUGUGGGGCGGGGGGCUGGACGGUUAGUGGGGCGCCUGGGUGUCCGGGGAGGGGGUUAAGGCGUGAGAAAAGAGGUAAUUAAGUUACCAGAAAGAGAAAACCUAGUUAUGCUUAGAAGGAUUUAGACCAGUGAGAGGGAUUUGGUGUGAAAAGAUACUAGCAAAUGGAUAUCCUUGGAGGGGAGUUGAGGGUGAGGUCCACGUGCAGAGAAUGGGUUUACGUUAAUGUGAAGAGGAGCUAGGCCGAAAGGGGGUGGAUACCGUUGGAAUGGGCUGUGAGGAGUCUUCUGUGCAAAGGGUUAUGUUAUGUAAAAAAGGUGUCUGGGUGUCCCUAGGAGAAGUUGAGUAGAGGUAAUGUUUUGAAGAGUAGAGGGAAUUAAGUCAAGAUGAAGAGUGGGAAUUGGGCAUCGAUGUGCUAAGUGGGGGAGGGUCUUGGUAUCUCUGGAAUGAGAAUGGGAUGUUAGGUUGACAAGAAGUUGGGGUCUGGGUAUCCCCAAGGUAAUUAGCUGGUGAGAGAGGUCUGGCUAUCCUCUGGGUUGGGGGCCGGAGGGAUUCGGCCUAAGAAGGUAGGGUCUGAGUAUUUCUAAAGGGGAUUUGGGCAGUAGGAAAAGUAUGUGUGAAAAUGUGUCUUUGUGAAGGAUAGUUUGGAUUAGGGUUUUAGGUUAGAGUAUGUGCUGGAAUCUUUUUGCAAAGCAUAGAAACUAAGUUGUUAACAAGAGGGGUCCGAGCAUCGCUGGAGUGGGUUAGAGUGGGGGUUCGGCGUUUUUGCAAAGAAGAGGGACUUAGGUUGAUAUGAAGAGGGGAUCUGGGCAAUCCUAGAAUGGGUGAAGAAGGGAGGAUGGGGCCUUUUUUGCAAAUAAGAAAAUAUUAGGUUAAUAAUAUGAAAGGGGGUCUGGGUGUCCCUGGCGUGGGUUUGUAAGGAAGGGUUUAAGUUGAUGUGAAGAUGGUAUCUGGGCAUCCCUGAAAUGAGUUAGGGUGGGUCAUUUUGUAAAGAAGAGGGGCUGAAGUUGACAUGAAGAGGGGUGUGGGUAUCCCUAUAGUGGUUGGGAUGGUGUAUAAUGAAGAUGAGGGAUUUAAGUCAACAUGAAGAGAUCUGAGUACUCCAGAGGGGGUAAAGAAGAGGUCAUUACUAUGAAGAAUGUCUUGAGUUAGGGUGGCAGGUAGAAUCUAGGUGUGAAGAAAGGGUUAGGUUUCUGUGAAAUGGGGCUGGGUAUUCUGGAUAAGGGGUUGGGUUGUGGGAGAGAGCUGAUUUGAAGACAGGGAUCUGGAUAUCACGGGGAGUGGUUAAGGAGGGAACAAUAUAAAAUGUGAUGGGUUCGGCCAGUGUGAGACAAGUCGAAAGUCGAUUGAGGGAAGGGAGAGUUUGACGCGAGGAAUCUGGGCACCAGAGGGAGAGACCAUGUAUACUAGGCCUUGUGUGUAAAGGAGAGGGGCUGUAGGUGGGCCCCUGGGCAGUCAUCUGGGGCCGAGGGCCUCGCUGCCGCCAUGACCGAGGAGUCGGAGGAGACAGUCCUGUACAUCGAGCACCGCUAUGUCUGCUCUGAGUGCAACCAGCUGUAUGGAUCCCUGGAGGAGGUGCUCAUGCACCAGAACUCCCAUGUGCCCCAGCAGCACUUUGAGCUGGUGGGCGUGGCUGACCCCGGCGUCACCGUUGCCACAGAGGCGGCUUCUGGCACUGGCCUCUAUCAGACCCUUGUGCAGGAGAGCCAGUACCAGUGCCUGGAAUGCGGGCAGCUGCUGAUGUCGCCCAGCCAGCUCCUGGAGCACCAGGAGCUGCACCUGAAGAUGCUGGCUCCCCAGGACGCAGUGCCAGCUGAGCCGCCAGCCAAGGCGCCCACCCUGAGCUCUAGCACCAUCCACUACGAGUGUGUGGAUUGCAAGGCUCUCUUCGCCAGCCAGGAGCUCUGGCUGAACCACCGGCAGACGCACCUCCGGGGCACUCCCACCAAAUCUCCAGCCCCCGUUGUCCUGGGGUCCCCGGUUGUCCUGGGGCCCCCAGUGGGCCAGGCCCGCGUGGCCGUGGAGCACUCAUACCGCAAGGCGGAAGAGGGUGGGGAGGGGGCUGCCGUCCCUUCUGCUGCGGCCACCACUGCAGAGGUGGUGACUGAGGUGGAGCUGCUCCUCUACAAGUGCUCCGAGUGCUCCCAGCUCUUCCAGCUUCCAGCCGACUUCCUGGAACACCAGGCCACCCAUUUCCCUGCUCCCGCCCCAGAGGCUGAGGAGCCUGCUGUGCAACAGGACACCCUGACCCCGUCCCCUGCGGAGGUGCCUGCAUCUCAGCCUGACCCCCUGCCGUCCUCUGACCACAGUUACGAGCUGCGCAACGGUGAAGCCGUUGGGCGCGAUCGCCGGGGGCGCAAGGCCCGGAGGAGCAACAGCGGAGAGCUGGGCGGGACUGCCACCCAGGAGCUCUUCUGCUCCGCCUGUGACCAGCUCUUUCUGUCCCCUCACCAGCUUCAGCAGCACCUGCGGAGUCACCGGGAGGGCGUCUUUAAGUGCCCUCUGUGCAGCCGUGUGUUCCCCAGCCCUUCCAGCCUGGACCAGCACCUUGGAGACCACAGCAGCGAGUCUCACUUCCUGUGUGUGGACUGCGGCCUGGCCUUUGGCACCGAGGCCCUGCUCCUGGCCCACCGGCGAGCCCACACCCCGAAUCCUCUGCAUUCGUGUCCAUGUGGAAAGACCUUUGUCAACCUCACCAAGUUCCUAUAUCAUCGGCGUACACACGGGGCAGGGGGCGUCCCUCUGCCCACGACCCCAGUCCCGCCAGAGGAGCCCGUCAUUGGGUUCCCCGAGCCGCCCACAGCAGAGACUGGAGAGUCAGAGGCCCCGGAGCCCCCCGUGACCGAAGACAGCCCGGGAGGGCCCGCCGCCCCAGGCACUUACCGUUGCCUCCUGUGCAGCCGCGAGUUCGGCAAGGCGUUGCAGCUGACCCGCCACCAGCGUUUCGUGCACCGGCUGGAGCGGCGCCACAAGUGCGGCAUCUGUGGCAAGAUGUUCAAGAAGAAGUCUCACGUGCGGAACCACCUGCGCACGCACACGGGCGAGCGGCCCUUCCCCUGCCCGGACUGCUCCAAGCCCUUCAACUCGCCCGCCAAUCUGGCGCGCCACCGGCUCACGCACACGGGGGAGCGACCCUACCGGUGCGGGGACUGUGGCAAGGCCUUCACGCAGAGCUCCACGCUGAGGCAGCAUCGCCUGGUGCACGCCCAGCACUUCCCCUACCGCUGCCAGGAGUGCGGGGUGCGCUUCCACCGGCCCUACCGCCUGCUCAUGCACCGCUACCACCACACGGGCGAGUACCCCUACAAGUGCCGCGAGUGCCCGCGCUCC